AUCAUUUUCUUUCAUCAUCGCAUUUGUUAGUAAAAAAAUCCAUCUCAGCUAUGAUGGUAGGAGUACUCUACAACCACACAGUGGGACCCCCUGCCACCUUCUUCCUUGUGGGCAUUCCAGGUCUACAGUCCUCAUAUCUCUGGCUGGCUAUCUCACUGAGUGCCAUGUACACCACAGCCCUCCUAGGAAACACCCUCAUCAUGACUGUGAUCUGCAUGGAUUCCACUCUCCAAGAGCCCAUGUACUGCUUCCUGUGUGUUCUGGCUGCUGUGGACAUUGUGAUGGCUUCCUCUGUGGCACCCAAGAUGGUGAGCAUCUUCAGCUCAGGAGACGGCUCCAUCAGUUUUAAUGCUUGUUUUACUCAGAUGUACUUUGUCCAUACCUCCACGGCUGUGGAGACAGGGCUGCUGCUGGCCAUGGCCUUUGAUCGCUAUGUAGCCAUCUGCAAGCCCCUACACUACACGAGGAUUCUCACACCUAAAAUGAUGCUGGGAGUAUGUGUGACUAUCAUCAGCAGGGCUGUCCUAUCUGUGACUCCAUUGAUUUGGAUGUUGAGUCACCUACCUUUCUGCAGCUCCAAUGUGGUUCCACAUUCCUAUUGUGAACACAUGGCUAUUGCCAAGUUAUCGUGUGCUGACCCCAUGCCCAGCAGUCUGUACAGCUUGAUAUUUUCCUCCAUUAUUGUGGCCUGUGAUGUGGCCUUCAUUGCUGCCUCUUAUACCUUGAUUCUCAAGGCGGUAUUUGGUCUGUCUUCAAAGAAUGCUCAGGUGAAAGCAUUAAGCACAUGUGGCUCCCAUGUGGGAGUUAUGUGCCUCUUUUAUCUGCCUGGUUUAGUAUCCAUCUAUGUAGCCUGGAUCUGGCAGGACAGGGUUCCCCUGCACACCCAAGUGCUAUUAGCUGAUUUGUACCUGGUCCUUCCACCGACCUUAAAUCCAAUCAUUUAUGGUGUCAGGACCAAACAAAUACGGGAGAGAAUAUGGAGAUUGCUGACGUGUAAUCCCAGACAGGGUUCAUGA